CUGAUAAACUUCCUGGAGGCAAUCAGGCAACAGCAGUGUUUGCUUCCGUUUGAUUUUCUGUUGCAAAGCUUCCGUCUUUGUGAUGCCGUGAAUAAAUAUACACAGAACAGACUCCUUUUUGUAACUGCACUCAGCAAACGUUCUUGUUACUAUUGUUCUUUAAUGGAGCCAGUAACUUUUUCCUGCAAAUAGACACGUAAAAUUUGUUAAUAUCGUUUGGAGGAAUGUGUGGCACAUAAACAACAAUUAUGUCCUAUUUCGACAACGCAGACAAAGAACUGAAAGUUGAUUCAAUGUUUAAGCGUUCACAGGGGAAAAAAAAGUUAUCUACAAUCAACUAUAAAGAACGAGUUUUUGUUUUAACACCAAAGCAGCUUCAAUAUUAUGAAGGUACACCACAGAAACGCGGUAAAAUGAAAGGAACAGUUGAUCUCAUUAAAGUAAAGGUUGUUGAGGCAGUUGAUGAUAAUGCCUUUGAUAAACAAUAUUGUUUUCAGGUUGUUUAUCAAGAAUAUACCUUAUAUAUUAUUGCUAAUAAUGAAGAACAACAAUCAGAAUGGAUAUAUGCUAUCCAAGAAGAGUGUCGAAAAAAUAAGACUCUUUUAUCUUACUAUCAUCCUGGAGCUUUUAUUGGUAAUCAAUGGACAUGUUGUCAUAACACAGACAAGCAAGCAAUGGGAUGUCAAAAGACAUUUGUAAAUACGGUAUCCAAUUCACAAGUUUUUCUAGAUAAACCACUGCCACCAUUGCCCCCUACACCAUUAGAAAAUGAGGGUCUUAAUGUUGUUGCACUAUACAGUUUUCAAGGAAUAGAAAGUGGUGAUCUUAGCUUUAGUAAGGGUGAUGAAUUUACAAUUUUGAUUAGUGAGGGUGAACAUUGGUGUCUCGCUAGGGAUAGAAAUGGGCAAAAGGGAUAUAUUCCAGUGAAUUAUGUUCGAGAAAAGGGAGGUUUGGAUACUGAAUGUUGGUAUUUUGGUGACAUAAUGAGACAUGUUGCAGAAGAUAAACUUAUUAAAGAGCAAAAGGAGGGCACUUUCCUUGUUCGAAACUCAAGUAAAGAUGGUCUCAUGACUUUGUCUCUUUUACAUGCUGGUGUUGUGAAACAUUAUCAUAUUAAACAAGAUGAAAAUAAAUUUUACAAAAUAUCCCCAAGACAUUGUUUUCCCACAAUUCCUGAACUUAUUGAGUAUCACAAACUAAACAGCGGAGGUCUUGUGACAAGGCUGCGUCAACCUCCAUCAUCAGACACCAACCCUCCAACUGUUGGUUUAGGACAUGGAAAAUGGGAAAUUGAUCGCUCUGAAAUUAAUCUUGGGCAUGAAAUAGGCAAUGGUCAAUUUGGGAGAGUAUGUAAAGGAUGGUGGCGCGGCACCACUGAAGUUGCUGUUAAAAUGAUGAAACCAAAUUCGAUGUCCGAGGAUGAUUUUAUUGAAGAAGCAAAAGUGAUGCAACAUUUCCAUCAUCCAAAUCUUGUUCAGUUGUAUGGAGUUUGUAGUCAAACACCCAUCUACAUCAUCACAGAAUUUGUACCCAAUGGUUGCCUUUUAACCUUCUUGCGUAAACAACGCAGUCAAAAAUUAUCUGUGCUUUGCGAAAUAGUUUUUCAUGUUGCGUCUGCAAUGGCUUAUUUGGAGAGUAAAAAUUUUAUUCAUCGAGAUUUGGCUGCAAGAAAUUGUCUCGUUGGCAUGAAUCUUGUUGUUAAAGUCUGUGAUUUUGGUCUUUCCAGGUUUGUGAUCGACGAUGAAUACACAGCCUCUGAAGGAACGAAAUUUCCUAUAAAAUGGGCAGCACCUGAAGUUAUAAUGUACAAUAGAUUUAGCAGUAAAUCUGAUAUUUGGGCGUAUGGUAUUUUGAUGUGGGAAGUUUUCAGUGGUGGAAUGUCACCGUACGCAAGUUAUGGAAACCCACAAGUAGUUAGUUAUAUAAUGUCUGGUAAACGUUUAAAGAAACCUGAAAGCUGUCGUAGUGGUAUUUACACCAUAAUGAAAGAUUGUUGGCUUGAGUGUCCAGACCACCGUCCUUCGUUUGGAAUAGUCAUUCGAAGGUUAAAAUCGCUUCUAGGUGAAGAUUAUGCAGACGCAUUCGAUUAAUUUCAUGUUAAGGAAACUUAUCAUAAUUUAAAUUAUAUACGUUGGUAGAAACCCUUAAAUAUCAUUCUCAAAACUAUUUUAUAAAAUUUUGAUGAACUAUGACGAAGAUAAAGUGUAUUGAGAAUAUCAGCUUAAUUGCUAGCAUAAAAGGAACUGCUGGGCACUGGUUAGUACAACAAAGUACUGCCACACACUAAUAGAAAAAUUUUAUGUAAACCCAUCUUUUAUCUUACUGAUAUUAUCCACUUGUAUUAUAUUCUUGGUUUUUUGUACUCGUUAAAACUGUAAAUAUAACAUCACAUUUGUCA